GCAGCAUGGCAGUCUUGUCGAACUACAAAGUCGAUAACGCGUGCAUCACCAACGAACGCGACUCCCCCAGUAUAAAAAUCCGGGGCCCCAGACCGGAUGGUCUUUCCCCAGGCUGGAAUCUCCCAACGCUCUCGUCUCCCUCAACGUCUUUCAUCCUUCACCUCGUCCUACUACUUUCUCAUAUAUAAGAAUAACGACAAUAUCUUUACACCCUCCCGUGCAACGCAUUUCAGCCCACAGCAUGAGAGGUUCACCAGAUCUUGGUGCCUCCCCGGAGAAGGACGCCCCUUCGCCCCCAAAUGAGUUCGAAAACAUCGACACCGUAGAGAAUGCCGGUUCUUCGCUUGCAGUGGAUCUCGAGACCGAGAAGAGGCUCAUGCAGAAGUUGGACCGCCGGAUCAUUCCCAUGAUUUGCUGGAUCUACCUGAUGAACUUCAUGGAUCGAGGUAUGUGGUGUCAUCGAGGGCCAUCUCUCUGAAGACCGACAGACGGAUUGCUGACCCCCUCAUUCGAUAGUAAACAUCGGCAAUGCUCGUCUGUACGAUCUCGAAGCCGAACUAGGCUUGACUGGUGAUCAAUAUCAGCUGGCCGUUUCCAUCCUCUUCGUCCC